GUAAUCCAGAAGUCUUUUGGUAUGCACAGCAACGACUGACUGCAGAUUCCAUUUAACGCUUUAACUAACUGACUAAUGGCUUGUUGCGUGAACAUAACGCAACAACUACUGAGACAUCGGCAAGCGGUGUAGACAGACAGGCAGCUUUGGGGUAAACGAGGACACACCCGCAUACUGUACCUCACUGCUCCUCCUCCCUGCCUGCCCCGUUAUGCACAAUACGCCGGUGCACCGAGAGCUACAGCAGACAGCGGCAGCCGGAUUUAAGGAAUCAGAUGUGUGUCUGUCCUUUUCAUCGCAGCCACACAGAUGGCGGAGUGCUAUCCACACAUCGAGAAGGCUGUCGUGACUUCUGGGAACCCGAGGAACCACAGGGGUGAUUUAGAAGUUUAUCCUAGCAGUCAACCCACCCGGUAGCACGCUGUGGCCCUUAGUGCUCUACGGUGUCAAGCUCCCUUCCGUGAGGAUUCCUUGCAUUUUCCCACCCUGUGGUGCCCUGCCUCCGUGAAAAGUGCAGGCCUCACCCUCCUGCAUAAUGACUGUGGCCACAGGCGACCCCUCAGAUGAGGCGGCAGCACACCCUGGUCUUCCUCAGGACUAUGACCCUGGAAUGGAGCAGGAGUGUUGUGAGCGAGUGGUCAUCAACAUCUCGGGUCUGCGUUUCGAGACGCAGCUCAAGACCCUCUCACAGUUCCCCGAAACACUACUCGGGGACCCCAAGAAACGCAUGAGGUACUUUGACCCGCUAAGGAAUGAGUAUUUUUUUGACAGAAACCGUCCCAGCUUUGACGCCAUCCUCUAUUACUAUCAAUCGGGUGGAAGGUUGCGGCGCCCCGUCAAUGUCACUUUGGACGUUUUCUCAGAGGAGAUCCGCUUUUACGAGCUUGGAGAGGAAGCAAUAGAGAUGUUUCGGGAGGACGAGGGUUUUAUCAAGGAGGAGGAGAGGCCGUUGCCUGACAAUGAGUUUCAGAAGCAGGUCUGGUUGCUAUUCGAGUAUCCAGAAAGUUCUGGACCAGCCAGGAUUAUAGCGAUCAUAUCCGUCAUGGUCAUCCUCAUCUCCAUCGUCAGCUUCUGCCUGGAAACCUUGCCCAUCUUCCGCAGCGAUGAGGAGGAGAUGCACAAAGUCCCAGCUGCCUUCACUAACUCUACAACCACUUACACAUCAACCUACUUCACAGACCCUUUCUUCAUUCUAGAGACGCUAUGCAUCAUCUGGUUCUCCUUCGAGUUCUUGGUGCGCUUCUUUGCCUGUCCUAGUAAAGCCAGCUUCUUUGUGAACAUAAUGAACAUGAUUGAUGUGGUGGCCAUCAUUCCGUACUUCAUUACGCUGGGGACAGAGUUGGCCGAGACAGCAGAGGACGGGCAGCAAGGGCAACAAGCCAUGUCUCUCGCAAUUCUGAGGGUCAUUAGACUUGUACGAGUCUUCAGAAUCUUCAAACUCUCCCGCCACUCGAAGGGACUUCAGAUUCUUGGCCAGACCCUUAAAGCCAGCAUGAGAGAGUUAGGUCUACUCAUCUUCUUCCUCUUCAUUGGAGUCAUCCUCUUUUCCAGUGCCGUCUUCUUUGCAGAAGCUGACGAGCCUGAGUCGCAGUUCUACAGCAUCCCGGAUGCUUUCUGGUGGGCUGUGGUUUCAAUGACGACCGUUGGCUAUGGAGAUAUGGUGCCUACUACCAUUGGAGGAAAGAUUGUCGGAUCCCUCUGUGCCAUCGCUGGCGUCUUGACCAUCGCCCUUCCCGUGCCCGUCAUUGUUUCCAACUUCAACUACUUCUACCAUCGAGAAACAGAAGGCGAGGAGCAAGCACAGUAUCUCCAAGUUACCGUCUCUAAAGCCGAUUCCCAAGAAGAGCUGAAGGGAAGUCGAAGUGGAUCCACUAUCAGCAAGUCGGACUACAUGGAAAUCCAAGAAGGGGUCAACAACAGCAACGAGGACUUUCAGGAAGAGAACCUCAAGACAGCCAAUUGCACUUUAGCUAAUACAAAUUAUGUUAAUAUCAAAAAAAUGCUGACAGAUGUCUAGUAAUUCGAGGAGCAGGUACAAAUUGAAUUAUAAAAGGACUAUAGUAAGCCAUGUUCUAAGGAGGAUUGUGAGGUUGAACGCCUCAGUUAUUGUCAUGAGAUUUCCAAUCUCCAGUUCCUCAUUAAAAGUCCAACCCUACAUCCAGGUCCGUCCACAAUCACAGUAUUCAUCAGUGUUUGCAUGGAGUCAUCUAUAUCAUCCAACACCUUAUCCGGAUCAGAAGCCAAGUAUUUAUACGGAACUGUGGAACACAAAUAAACAGCAUAUGACUGUCAGUAUAUUUCCAUCAACAUCUUACUCUCAAAGCCAAGCUUUGCCAAAGAAACGUCAUUUGUGUGCUCCAUCUGCUGUUAAAAAAGUUUGCGGUCACAUGCAAUACAUGUAUAUGAUGCAAAGAAUAUUCACAGAAGUUUCGUCCACUCUCCUACUGCUUGUUAAACACCAAUAUUCACAUCGAUUCAAGACAGUUGUCUGUCAUUUUAGCGAUAUUGUAGUGAUCAGGCUGGGAAUGUCAUUGAAAACUGCCUGCUUUUGUGUCGAUAGCUGUGUGUGGACCCAAAAUACGUAUGUAUGGACAACACUUGUAUCUACUCCUUCAAGAUUAUCCUGCUGCAAAGCUUUUGAAGACAAGAUGAAUGUCUCUUCAUCUCAUAUUUUAUGUUAUUUAUAGUCUACGUUGUCUGUGUCCACUGUGCUUCAGUGGCUUUUCUUUUAUCAUUUCAUAUCUUUUUUUUUUUUUUACAGCUCUUCAGGAUAAGGAGCAUACAAAACACAUUAAAUGAAAAAUAAGCAAAAUAACACCCUAGUGCCACAGAAAAAAAAUGCUUGAUGUAUUUUGUGUAAGAGCAUACUGUUCAGUGUAUAUUCCCAUUGUUUCUGCUGCAAGCUGCAGAGAUGGUUCAAAAUGUAGUUGAUAUUCAAAUUACUUUGUCACUUAAUGAGCCAUAUUGUAGUUCACACUUAAAUGUCCCCUGGUAAAUUUGUAGCAAUGAUGUCAGAUUAUUUUUAAUCACUGACUUGUCUAUCAUCCUGAAAUCAUUUUCAGAUGUUAGAAAAGCCUUGAUAGAGCUUGUUAAACGUUUUGUCUUUUUUACUGCCUUUUAUCGAGAAAAACACCGGUAUUAGUGUUGCAUGGCCUCAAAACAAUACUAAUGGCAUGGAUUUUAAGCUCAAGAGAAAGUGAUAAAGAAACUAGUUAGCUAAAAUAUUACAAAAAUGUGUAUCUUGCUCUGUAUAUAUACAUCUAUUUUUAUCUGCAAAGUUUUAUUGUGAUCCAAAGGUGCUGUUUUCAGUUUUCAGGUUUUGUUUUGUAUUUGAAAGAAUGAAAAGACACUCUGCAAUGCAUUUGGAUGGACAGUGCAGCAUUAGGGCAUUGAUUGCUGGGACUCUGAUUGUCUUAGCUUCAGGUGACCUUGAAAUCUAGACUUACAUGCUUACUUGCUUCUCUUAUGAUGAAGAGACUGUAUAAUGCCAAAAAACAAUAUAUCAACAGAAAUACACUAUGGAAGUCAAUAUUGGCUUCUUUUGAUUGACUUUCUACAAAUGGCUAGGCUCCAACCACAGUUGUUGCUUCUUUUCCUUAAAAGUAUAGCCAUUAUCAAGGCAGUAAAUCUCAUUGUUUUCAUUCUAUUGACUUUUUAGAUGCAAAAUCCUGUUUAAGGAUGGAUUGAUGGUUAUUUGAUGUGACUGUGUACCAUUAGAAGGUUUCUCUAUUCCAAUAUCUCACCUGGGCUGCAGGUGCCUUUAUCUUCGUCUCUCUAAUAUUUUUUAAGCAACUUUUUGCUGAUGCUGCUAAUUUAGAAGCAGAUACUGGUUUCACAGCUGCUGUUAAUUAUGUUUUCAUUUAAAUUCAGAAUAUAGACAUCACUGUAACACACACAAUUCGUGUAGGUUUAACAAAGUGUAAAAUCCUGAAUGUUAAACCAAUCUAUCCAAACGGACGCCCCACAGUGCAUAGCCAGUGCCUAAGAAAUGUACUAAACUUUUGUUUGGAUGCUUUAAAGCUGAAGUGUGUCUUUUUUAUGUAAAAAAAAAAAAAAAUAAUUCUGUCAGUAAUCCAUUUGUGGGUUAAUUUCCCCAAAAAAUAUAAACAAAAAUCAUUGCUCUGAUAUGUAAGCAGCAAAACAGCAACAUUGGCUCAAUCAAUGGCAGAUGGGGAGUGUUUGGAAUAUAAUAAUGAAAACAAUUAUUUUUGUAAUUCCACUAGUGGAACAGAAAUGACACACAUCAUCUCUAAUGCAGGCAAACAGCAGGUUUUCUAUGCAUGACAUUGGACAGUAUGCUGUUGGUGAAUCACAUGUACCAUCCUAAUCCACAUACAUAAACAUUGUCACUGUAACUAUAUAUUUAAUGUGUGACCAUAACAUAUGUUAUGCUUUUGGUGCUAGACCUGGCAGUGUUAAAUGUCAGGGCUAUAACAGUACCUCUAUGAAGCCUUCUUUUUUUUUCCUCAUUGGACAGGAAUGUCUGAGAAACACUGAAAAAACGCAGUCUUUGCUUUGCUUGCAGGUGCACCAGUUUCUCGUAUUAUGUUUGGAUUGUGUGUUGAUUUUCUAAAUGUCAUUUGAAAUGCUAAAUGACAGCAUUGAAUGUCACAAAAACAUAUUUGUUAGCAUCUUAGAAGGAUGUGCAUCAACUUAUGCAAUCUUAUUUUUUUAUUUAUUUUUUUUUGUCUUCACAAAUGUUUUUGUUUACAAAAUGACGGAGAGAAAAAGCUUACAGGCCAAAUUCAAUUAAAACCAUAUAACCAUGAAGUCUCCAUCCAGUAAAGCUAUAUUUUAAUUAUUAAUUAAAUUCGAAUUAUCACAGAUUUAGAGCAGUAAUAUUUUUAAAUUGAAUUAAAUUUUACAUUUAAAUUGUACUACUACUUUUUCUCAUAUUCAAUGGCAAACACUUUUUAAAAUUCUGUAUCAUGAAAACUAAGUGUUCUAAACCAGAAAAGAUCCAAAACAGAUUGCAAGUUUGCCAAAACAACACCUAAAUAGCUAUUUAGCUACUGGAUAACAAUGUUAACCUAGAGUCAAAUAGCUAGAAAAGCAACAUAAUUUAAAUUUUUUCUCUUCAUAAACCAUUAAUUCAAGAACAUUAUUAAAUAUUUAGGUUUCAUGUUGAAUUAAAGGAUAAAUGUACUGUUGUGAGAUUCUGAUAUAGGUUUAAAAUACAGUGAAGUUGCAAGAACUGUACUAUGCUUUGAUUGCCUUUGGCCUUGAGGACAUAAGUAGGCUGCGGUGAUUGAGACAAGCCCUGUAUCUGUCCAUCCCAUGUUGUUGAGCCUGAAAAGAAAGAAAGAAAGUCUCUCCUAUUGCUUAGUUAUGCAAUACAGUGUUGUAUAUGUGUGUUUGGCCAUGUGUGUAUAUCCAUGUGCUCAACAGCCAGACCGAGGGAUGUCUAGACUUAUACAAACACUUCAAUUGGUAGAGAGUCUAUUUCAACCCAUUCUGGCUGUGAAGGACAAGCCCCAAGACACUGAACGUUUUACACUCCCGUUAGUGUGAUCCAGUAAUAUUCACUCUUAAAUGCAGCCAUGUUUUUUAGGAAGCAAGCACUGAAAAACAGAAUGUCUUCACUGUUACUCGAUGUAAAAAAAAAAAGCACUUUACAAGCACCACCAGUGGACAAUCUAUGGACCGAGACAUGCAUAUAUCCCUUCCAAAUGAUCAAUACUGCAAAUACAACAAAGAUGAUAUAUGAAAGCUGAAAGCUGUGUUGCUUGUUCCUUUCAAUGUUGUCGUGCAUUGUCUAAAUGUCAUAGAGAUGCUCAGAGCUAGUAUUUGGCAGACAAUUUUAGAAAAGGAAAUAAUGACGGCAUUGCGCUGUUUCAGAACACCGGGAGCUUUUUGAUGUCGAUAUUAUUAGCUCAUCCAGAGGAAAAGGUUGGUAGCUUCAAACCAUUCAGGGACAGGUGCCUGUUAGCAUCUUUGAUUUUACUCCGCUUUAAGUGCUCAGCAUAUAGUCCUCUGCACUUUCCACAGAGAGGAGGCUGUGCUAAAAAUAGCCAUUUCUUUGGGAGCAAAAUAGAUGGGAAACUGUAUGCAUGUCUGAGAGGAGGAUAUAGACAAGGCUGGUGCAGAAAGACUGUCAAUGUAUAUCGGCAUAAGCUCUGGAGAGUUAAAGGCGUGCGAAGUGAGAAAGAGAGAAUGCGAGUGUGUGUGUGUGUGUGUGUGUCUAAGUGACAAUAGGAGGAGGACAGAAUGUUCAGAAUAGAUGACAGGGAGCAGGAGGUGUGGGAUCAAAUUUGACACCUUUGUGAAAUAUUUAGGGAUAGGCGAAAGAUUUCCAGCAGCAAAUGCCUCCAAUCCAUCAUAUAUUCAUAGAGUACUGAUUAUUUUUGAGUCACUCUCAUAUCACAAUACUAUGAGCUGUUUGGACACUGAGUAACGAUGAUUCCUUUCUAAAUGCAUUUUCUUUGUGCUGUUUAGAAAUCUAAACUGGUUUUAUCAUUUAUAUGAAUGAGGACUGACACUCAUUUGGGAGUCAGAAAGGUACAGACUCUAUUUGCAUGGGCUAUAAAAAGAUAUUCCAGCUCGUUUUACUCAAGCAGUGCUAGAUUCAAUAUGUAAUGCUGUAAGGGUACAAACACAGAUUCAAAUUUCGGAAAAUUCUUGUUUCAUCUCAAUCCUACCAUGUGCUGGUGCUGCCCGAGGUAAUGUUUCAUUGUAAAGGAGAGCACAGAUGCCCUCUAAAGGCAGUGCCCUGAAAUAUAAUGCACAUAUAUUUUCACUGUUUUACAAGAGCAUAUUUUUGGUUGUAUGGAUGAAUCUCACAAGGAAAUGUCUGGGUCAUAUUUCAUUCCAAACUCAAAGAAAAAAAAAGAAAGAUGAAAGAUAAAAAUGAUGUUUUACAUUAGAAAAUGAAGCCAA